CGCUACGAGGAAGCGGCCACCCUUCUUGACGAGCACAUCCAGAAUAGCCAAACGACUUCAGGUCCAGAACACCUCGAAAGGCUGCAGAUUAUGCACAUGCUUGCCGUCGUCUACGGCCAUUUGCAUCGAUAUACCGAAGCUAUGGAGUUAAUUACGAGCAUCGUGGAGGCAAGGAGCAGUAUUUUAGGCGUCAACCACCGCGAGACGCUGGAGAGCAGACACUACCUCGCAAUCACCUUCUAUCACCUAGGACGAUUCAGCGCAGCCGCUGCUGAGUUGGAAGUCGUUGUUGAUGUGAGGAAGAGGGUUCUUGGAACAGGACUUCCGGACACUCUGGCCAGCAUUCAUGCGUUGGCUUCGGCCUACCAUUGUUUGGAGCGCCACAGCGACGCCGCUGGUUUACUGCAGGAAGCUGUGGACGGCAGGCGAAGCGCUCUCGCGCCUGGGCACCCAGACACGCUGAGAAGCAUGCACUUACUGGCGCUUGUUCAGAAUGCUCUGAAUCGACCUCUCGAUGCUGCCCAGUUACUGGAGCAAGUUGUCGAGGAGCGUAACAAGGUUUGCGGGACAGAAAACAUCGACACCCUGGACAGCGUCCAUUGGCUCGCGGUGAUCUAUAACGAUCUACAGAGGCACACACAGGCUGUAGAGUUAUUCGGGCGCGUAUCUGAGGCCCGAGCCAGAGUUCUCGGGACGACCCAUCCCGAUACGCUGGAGUGCAACCACCAUCUUGCCAUCGCCAAUAUGGACUUGAUGCGAUUCGAGGACGCCGCUGCCGUACUUGAACGACUUGUCGCAGCCAGACAGGAAGCCUUCGCACUUGACGAUGUCGACACAGUAGCAAACAUGCAUCUUUUGGCUGUCGCAUACACCGAACUGGGCCGAAAUGUCGAAGCUGCCGAUAUCCUCGAGCAGGUUGUCGAAUCCAAACAGAGAAUACUAGGUGCCACACAUGAAGAUACCCUCCAAAGUACGCACGCCCUUGCUACCACGUACAGCAUCUCGGGACGAUAUCCGGAGGCUAUUGGUCUCUUUGAGAGGUUAGCAGAGACUCCGACGGGAGACUCUGCCUUGGCCUUGGACAGUAGUCACGGCCUAGCUGUCGUAUAUAUGGAGCAGCAGCGUUUCAAAGACGCUGCGAAGCUCUUGAGAACUGUUGUUGGAGGAAGGACGAGGGUACUAGGAGCCGACCACCCCGGUACCCUGGAGAGCAUGGAUCACCUAGCGAGCGCAAUAUCCUACACCCCGGAGUCGUCAGACGAGACCACGCUGAUGAAGGAGGUGGUAGAAGCGAGAAAGGAGAAGUUUGGGAUCGAUCACCUCGAUACGUUGGAGAGUAUGCAUCUUCUCGCCGCCAUAUACUUCGACGUCGAGCAAUUCGCAGAGGCAGAAACAUUAUUGCAACCGGUCGUAGAGUCUAGGAAGACCGCCGUCACUCUCAACAAGGACCAGGAGUCGCCUAACAGCAAGAGUAUUGAUCUGCUGGUGCAUAGCAUGAGACUGCUGGCGGAGGUACUACGAGCUCAACAUAAGAAGCCUGCGGCGAAGAAGGCGGAGAAAGAAGUUGAGGUACGCUUCAUCUCGUCUAUAUAG